ACAAAAUUUCCAUCGUAAUACGAUGUCAAAUAACACUGACUUUUUUUACAGUGUGUUAUGUUUUGACUUUGACUAUAAAAUUUAACAAUUUAUUAAAAAGUUGGUUAUUAAAGUUAAUAUAAAACUUGUUCAAAUUGUCAAAUAAUCAUGACUCAGGAUGAAAGAACAAUUUGGUGUGGAAAUUUGAAUGAAAAAGUCUCAGAUGAUGUACUAUAUGAGCUGUUUUUACAGGCUGGACCAUUAGAAAGAAUUCAUAUUCCAAAGGAUCGUGAUGGAAAACAGCGAACAUUUGCGUUUAUAACAUAUAAACAUCUAGUUUCAGUGAAUUAUGCUAUAAAUUUAUUUGAUGGAACUUCAUUAUUCAAUCGAACGAUUAGUUUGAAAUCAAGAACUAAUGAAAUACCACAAGAAACAAUUUCACCUAUGCAAAAUGAUUUAAUUCAAUUUGGAAAACAAAUGCUUCAAUGUAUACCAAAUCCAUCAUUAAUUUAUGGCAAUUAUCCUAGUCCGCUUAUGUUAAUGCAACCGAAUCAAUUUGCCCAGCCUCAAUUUUAUAACAAUGAGGAAAGAAGACCUCAAUCAAAUUAUUCUGGACAUCCUUAUCAGCGUGAACCAGAGAGAAAUAAAACAAGAUAUAAUAACGAUCAUGGACGCGAUAACAGAAGAGAUAAUUAUUCUUCGUCUCCUAGAAAUAAUUAUAGAGACAGUCCACAUUAUUCAAAUCGACAUGAGAACAGUAAUAGACAUGACAACAGCAAUCGACAUGAUGGUAGAAGUCGGCAUGAAAGUGAUGGCCGACAAGAAAGUAAUAAUCGCCCCGAAAGUAGUAGACGACAUGAUAGAAGGUAUUAUCGAUCUUAAAAUUAUAUGAUUCAACCAUUUUUUGUUUCCUUUGUUUAAAAUUUCAACACACAUUUCUCAGAAAUCUUACUAAAUUUAAAUUUCUUAUUUUUUAAAAUGAAAAUUUUGUGUGAUUUUUCAUGUAUGCAAUAGCUGUUAAGUAUAUGUUGAAAUAUUUUUCUCGUGAAUUUUUCCUUUUUUUUUGUUUUUGUUUCUUAAAAUUGGUAAGGAAAAAUAAUCAAUUUUUUUUACUACGUUUUUUAAACUUUAAAAUAGAAAAAAGCUCUUCAAUAAUUGCUUUUUGUAUUUAUUUCAAAAGAUAGAGGAUAUGACAAUAGUUUAUAAAGAUGAUUCUCUUCAUCAGAAAGUUUAUAUUUCUAUCUUGAAAGAUACAUUAUGAAUAAUAAAAAAAAAUGAAGUAUAUAUUAAUUUUUGAAAAUGAAAUUUAAAACUUUUUUUUGUAAACAUAUAAUUAUUGUACUAUUUUGUGCAAAAAAAGUCUUAUCAUGAUAAUGUAAUUGAUUAUUAUAUUAGCCAUGCUGUGCAAAAAGCAAUUGUCAAUAAAAUAAAAUUAUUUUUCAUUAAAA